AUGCAGACGUGCGGAGGUGGAGCCGCGGGACGCCGGGCUUUCGACAGCAUCUGUCCCAACAGGAUGCUGGAGCCGCCCCGCCGGCCUCUCGGCAAGCCGGGAACGUUGGACAGGAAGUUCGCCUCCCCGCUCAAGUUCUUUCCCGGAUGCAGCGGAGGCAAACGGGUGUUGGUGUACCAGGAUCCCUCCGAGGCGGAGUCUGCAGCGCUGCCAGCCCUCACCACCAUAGACCUACAGGACCUCGCCGACUGUUCCUCGCUACUCGGGACCGACGCGCCGCCUAGUGAUAACCCGGCCGCCUCGCAGAACCAUUCCCUGCCAGCCGACGGGGACUUGGACCUGCAGGAUUUCCGAGACGCGGUGGACGACUUGAUAUCAGACUCAUCCUCGUUGAUGUCACCUGCCCUAGCCGACGAUGGUUUCUCUUUCUCUCCUUGCGACAUGUCGCCCUUCGAACCCUGCCUCUCCCGGCCUCUGGAGCCGAGGGCCCUGCCGUCCCCGCCGCUGUGCCCCCAAGAUGUGCCCCCGCCAGAGCAGUACUGGAAGGAGGUGGCAGACCAGAACCAGAGGGCGCUGGGGAACGCUCUUGUGGAGAAUAACCAACUACACGUGACCCUGACCCAGAAGCAAGAGGAGAUCGCCUCGCUCAAGGAGCGGAACGUGCAGCUCAAAGAACUCGCCAGUCGGACCCGGCAUCUGGCCUCGGUGCUGGAUAAGUUGAUGAUCACGCAGUCCCGAGAUUGCGGAGUGGCGACCGAGCCCUUGCUGCUCAAGGCGACAGCCAAGAGGAGCCUGGAGGAGCUGUUCAGCGCUGCGGGGCAGGAUUGCGCCGAGGUGGACGCCAUCCUGAGGGAGAUUUCCCAGCGCUGCGAUGAAGCCCUCCAGAGCCGAGAACCCAAACGGCCCCGCCUGCAGCCUGAGCCCGCCAGCGCAGACCGCAGGCCCGGGAACCUGCACGGCGCCUUCCGAGGACUGCGCACCGAAUGCGGCCAGGGAGCCUUGAACCUGAGCUACAGCGAGCUGGAGGAGGGCGGCUCCUUCAGCACGCCCAUCCGCAGCCACAGCACAAUCCGCACCCUCGCCUUUCCUCAGGGCAACGCCUUCACCAUCCGGACAGCCAGCGGCGGGUACAAAUUCCGCUGGGUCCCCAGUUGA